AUGUCGUGUUCUGCUGUAAAUUGUACUAAUCGCAAUACUCAGGGUAUACGUUUGUUCCGGUUUCCAGCACAACAAGACCGUAAAAAAAUAUGGAUUAUUAAUUGCAGAAGAGGUCAAUGGAACCCCACAGAAUCCGCUCGUCUCUGUGAAGUUCAUUUUGAGGAGAAUCAAUUUGAAAAGAAUAGAAAUGAUGGCUGGGUUAAAUUAAAAUGGGAUGCCAUUCCCACAGUUUUUAACGUCCCAAAUCCACCAAAAAGGAUGAUGACAACUAGAAAAUCAAAGUAUAAGAUACCUGUUACUGUUGAAGACAAUGUUUCCUGCCAGAUUGCAGAUACUGUUUCUAUCAAUGCAGAUACUUCAAAAGACAUAAACAAUUCAAAUGUAGAAUCUUGUAUUAAUUGCCAUGAGUAUAUCAAUGAAAUUGCUGAACUAAAAAAACAAGUCGAAACAUUGAAAAAAGAAACUGCUGAAAAGGAAAUUGCUUUGAAGCAAUUUUUAACUGAACAGCAAAUAAAUGUUCUUUCUAACAAAACAAAUGUACAGCAAUGGGAUAAUGAAACAAUUAUGAAAUCAUUAAAAAUUCCUUUUGCUGUUGGUGUUCAUGGAUUUCAAUAUUUAACCCAUUAA